GCGUGAUUCCUCGAUAGCUGCAUGUCGCGACGCCCGUCUUAGCAGCCAGCGCUGAAGCCUACAUCGUUUAGCGAGCACAAACGAUUCUCCCAGCUCGAAAGGCGUUAGAACGCAGUUCCGCAAAUGAGUGUUCGUCUGACCCCCGACCAAGGCAUCGACAGCCUGGUCUUGCAGAUCCGGAAGUUCGAGACGCCGUUGGAAGUCGAAUCACUGGACCUAACGAACUGCAUUCAUCUAGAGACCGACGAAGUGAUUCCUAUCAUCAAGAAAUGCGCGUUCACCAAUUCACUUCGGUGCCUAAGCUGCUCGAUCCAGCCUGGUGCCCUGGUGACGUUAAUACUCGGGCACAUGCGGCACCUUGUCCGCCUUGAGCUCACCCUCGUGUGCGAGGUGGUCCAGGAAGUGGGAGAGUAUCCCGACAAGGACGUAUGGGUGAACCGGUACAUCCUCCCCGACCUGCACCACAUCUACGUGGAGAUGGCCUACGACGCGAGUUACCAGCUUUUCGCCACAAUUCUGCGAGAAAGCGUGAACCUGAAACACCUCCACGUGCACUUCCUGCGCGGCAGCUUCUUGAACGCCCUCUGCGAAGAGGCAUUACGUCUGGAAAAAUUCACUUUCACCUCGGAACAGCCACCGCACUGCCAAUCACUCGUCUCGCCGUUGGGGUUGUUUAACUGCAUCUCUGUGUGCGCCAACGUCGAGCACCGCAGGCCUGGCGGAAUCAUGUCUGUCUUCACGUUUCACCAUCUUGCUGAGGACUCCGGCGAGCGCCGUCGCAUGCCGAAUCAGGCGACUGUAGUUGCCGUUCACACCAAACGCAGAAACCUCACCCCUGAACUGAUGCUAACGGCCUUCCGUGGCCACGACUGGUCGUUUACCAAUCGUGUGUGCUUUGUGUUGCUCCCGGAUGACCCUUCGAGCGUCGUUUACCCGCAGGCGGGCCUGGUGUACCGCGAUAGCCUUCUCUUUUUCUUCACAGAUUCGUUCAGGUACCUCUUAGAACUCAACAUCAGCUCCUUCCACUUUGGUGCUGGCCUCGACGUCAAAGAACUGCUUCAGGAUGCCACGCUGAAAAAGUUACGGUUCCUGCAGUCUCUUUCGGCGACCCCUUGCGGUCUGCGUCGCCUGUCGGCUCUGCGCCUUCUGGCGCAACACUGCCCACACUUCGGGGAACUGGACGUCCGCUACGAGAAUGGCGGCUUGGUCCGCUGUCUCGGUUGCGAAGUGGGCGUUCCCCUGGAUUCUGACGCGCCGACCAACGUUCCCGGAGGCACUGUCGGCUUUCAGAAACGGCUCGACCGGCUCACCCUGUCUGGCAUCAGGUUCCCUGUGGACCUGCACUUCAUCGAGUGCUGCGGGCCAACCACUACGGUGCGACUCUCCGGUUGCGCCAGCACCUCGAGCCCGCGCUACGAGCAUCUGGCUAAGGUACUCUCCGAGACAUGCUGGCCCACCUGCCUGGUUCUUCGGCACGGCAGUAUAGACAUUGAAGACGCCUCUGUGUUGGCCAUGCUUUCGAGCGUCCACAGCCUGCUGUACCUGUACCUGCUGUCGACGGUUUCCUGUCCUAACGAAGUCGCCGAGACCUGCUUCCGUGCACUGGCGGCUGCUCUUCCUCGUCUACGGUUUCUCCACUACCAUUACCUGACUUUGAACGGCGUGGAACGGAGUCUCACGCUCGUGCGCAGCAAGGACGAUCCUGAGGACAGAGGCAACCUGCUCCGCAACGCUCCCUGCUACCAGUGUUGCUCGACUGCGACGUUCGUAGGACUCGCCAAACCAUUAAACCGAGAGUUCGUGCCCUUUGCGUAGGUUCGGUAAAGGUCUGACAAAUCUGAAGAGGUGAUGCGUUUAGACAUUGUGUAGACCCUUUUACACGACGAAAAAAAGUUUUCAACACUCCCGCCUACAAAGGGAGGGACAAGUAUUCACACUAAGCAUGGCAGUCAUUCAGGCCACGGAAGGCUCACAGAUGAUUCAAGCAGACCUUGUCAUCUUGCGCAUACUGCAUCCGGCGCAUGCACAUCCGAGAUUGCAAUGAUUGCUGUGUUUCUUUAGCUUCGACAAAGACUAUUUCGAUAAGCAGCCAUUGCUGUAUCUUAUUUUUGUCUUUUAUCUAGGACGACCGCAAAAGGAAACAAGUUUGGUCGCGCGAAAGGAACAAAGACGUCUUCCUUACAUUUUUAUCUUGUCUGAGUACGCAGCCGCAUUCGCGUCAACGAGCGGCGACCCUUAUUCAACCACACCAUGAUACUGUCGCGUCAGAGGAAUCGCCUAACAAGAGAAGUGAUUGAAGCCAUCCACAUCAGAAGGAAACAAAGAAUUGUGUCAGCAUGCCGUCAGCUGCUCUGAGCGACCCAGAAUUUAGCUAUCUUUCUUGCACUUGCAAAAGAUGAUACCAGUGUUAUCAUUUUUUUUUAAUCCUGCUUGUGGCGUGUUAGGCCGUCUUUGCUGUUUGAUGUUCUUGCAUUUUUUUUCUUUUAAGUGGCACUUCACCUAUACAUCAUCCGUUUUUUUUAAUAAAUGUUAGCUGCGAGUCA